AUGUUCACUCUUACAUCUACUUCCAUCCUCUUCCCCAUCCUCUGUACCUUGGUUCAAGCUGCACCUUUACCCAUGCCAGCUGUAAAGCAAUCUGAACAACUCGCUUCUCGAUUCUAUAAUCACCUCGAGACCGAUACCAUCUUCUCUCACCGGACUCCGUGCUGGCAAGAUGGUCUUCAAGGUAUCCUAAGCGAUAACAAUAUCUGUGUACUUGCUGCACUCGAUAUCAACCAAUCACAGAACGGCCGAUACGUUCCUACUACGCCUUAUCGAACAGGUUACGUGCAACAAGGUCAACCUUGUACGUUGAAUGGUCAACCUGGUUUCUGGCAAGAUGCAAUUUGUGUUCUUGCAAACCUUGAUAUCGAUUUGCAAAAGAAAGAUUUCACACCAUUUGGAUAUCAAAGAGGACAAGAGUGCUGGCUCGAGGCCAGAAGAGGUUAUUUCACUCAAAAUGGGUUAUGUGAUCUUAUCGAUCUCAACGUCAUCGCCGAUGUGACUGAUGGAUCGGCCAGAUUACCAACCGCUGUACCAUUCGCCAAUGCUAAUGAUCCAUGUUGGGUAAAUGGUAAACAAGGUUUCUGGCAGAACGAUCUCUGCGUUCUGGCCGAUCUCAACAUCGCCAAGCGAUACGCCACUUCCAACGGUCUGGUCUCAGAUGUACUAGAGACUCUCACAGGGUACGAAGAUUGUUACGACUGCGCACCAGGCCUUCCCACCCGUCACGCCGUCCUUCCCACAAACGACAUCGUCGAUGCCGAUGCUAUCAUCGACGUCGACCACCUUAACAGGCGAAAUGGUUUACUUCACAAUGCACCAGAUGGCAACGAGCUUGAUGGUGCCACCCGAACAAUCACUCAACUAUUAGAUCACUCAAUCACAAAGAAAAGAGGUCUUGACCUUCUGGGAGCUGGGGCGGACGAUCGAACGAGAUACAUCAAUACUUAUUAUCCCAAUGGAUAUGUCCAACCUGAACACGUACCAGUUAUCGACAAUACUUUAGCUGAAAUUGAUGCUCAGGUCAAUAUUGAUGAUGAACCUUAUUACGGUACCAACUAUCCCCAUUAUCUCAAUGGUAACCAGAAAGGUCCAUUAGGAUUGGGAUUGAAAAGGGAUAUUUUGGGUAAUGGUUCAAACAAUCUCAACGUCCUUUCAUCCCUUGGAUCAGUGUUAGAUGAACCUCACCACCAACCCACCGUCGGGCCGGGAUUCUACCGAACAACAAAUGGACAAGUUAUCCCAUUCGGUGAAACCUCAGAUAUACUUGCUGAAGUAGAUGCAGCAGUAAAUAUCGAUGGGCUCGAAAGUGAUGGAUAUGCUCCAUACACCUAUACUCAAGACGGUAGAAGGAUCUAUGGUGAAUUUAUCCCUUCCUACGCUGGGCAUCAUGGUCUAUUAAAUAAGAAGAACCUUGGUGGAUCAAGUGGAGUUGAUGGUUUAGGAUUGAACAAGGAUGGUUCUUUCCCUGAAGGUCUAGAUAUCGUCCCUCAAGUAGGUGAUUUAUUGAGCGCUGGAAAAGGUGAUAACAACAUACUCAAAGGUACAAAUGGUUUAAAUCAUAUCUUAUAA